GGAAAAAAAAAGAAAAGAAAAAAGGGAAAAAAACCGCCCCGCCAUUUUCCAUUUUCCCUAAUACCUCCUUCCUCCUCCAAAACAAGGGAGUUGCAGAGAGCUUGGAGCUACAUAGCAAUGGGCACCUCUGUUCAAGUGACACCUCUUUGCGGGGUGUACAAUGAAAAUCCUUUAUCGUAUUUGGUUUCUGUUGACGGUUUCAACUUCCUUAUCGACUGCGGUUGGAACGACCACUUCGAUCCUGCUCUUCUUCAACCUUUAUCCAGGGUGGCAUCGACGAUUGAUGCAGUUUUGAUAUCACAUCCUGAUACACUUCACCUCGGUGCUCUUCCUUAUGCUAUGAAACAACUUGGACUUUCUGCUCCAGUUUUUUCCACUGAACCCGUGUACCGAUUGGGUCUUCUUACAAUGUAUGAUCAGUUCAUCGCGAGGAAGCAAGUAUCAGAGUUUGAUUUAUUUACACUGGAUGAUAUCGAUUCUGCGUUCCAAGUUGUAACCAGACUAACAUACUCCCAGAAUCAUCAUCUUUCAGGCAAAGGAGAGGGAAUAGUUAUUGCACCUCAUGUGGCUGGACAUCUCUUGGGGGGAACCCUAUGGAAGAUAACUAAGGAUGGAGAAGAUGUUAUAUAUGCUGUUGACUUCAACCACCGCAAGGAAAGGCAUCUGAACGGAACAAUUCUAGAGUCAUUCGUGCGACCUGCUGUAUUGAUAACUGAUGCUUAUAAUGCUCUAAAUAAUCAGCCUUAUAGACGGCAAAAGGACAAAGAAUUUGGAGAUACUAUUCAGAAGACUUUAAGAGCUAAUGGCAAUGUCUUACUUCCUGUUGAUACUGCUGGGCGAGUGUUGGAGCUUAUUCAAAUUUUGGAAUGGUACUGGGAAGAGGAAAGUUUAAAUUAUCCCAUUUUCUUUUUAACCUACGUUGCAUCCAGCACAAUUGAUUAUAUCAAGAGUUUCCUAGAGUGGAUGAGUGAUACAAUAGCAAAGUCUUUUGAACACACACGGAACAACGCUUUUCUUCUCAAGCAUGUUACCCUUCUAAUCAACAAAAGUGAACUUGAUAAUGCUCCAGAUGGUCCAAAGGUGGUUCUAGCAUCAAUGGCUAGUUUGGAAGCUGGUUACUCACAUGACAUUUUUGUUGACUGGGCAAUGGAUGCCAAAAACCUCGUCCUUUUUUCUGAAAGAGGCCAGUUUGGCACUUUGGCCCGCAUGCUUCAAGCAGAUCCACCUCCCAAAGCUGUUAAGGUAACUGUGUCUAAGAGAGUCCCUUUGACUGGAGAUGAGCUUAUUGCUUAUGAAGAAGAGCAAAACAGGAAAAAGGAGGAAGCUCUUAAGGCUAGUUUGCUUAAGGAGGAACAAUCUAAAGCAUCUCAUGGAACUGAUAAUGAUGCUGGUGAUCCAAUGAUCAUUGAUGCUAGCAGUAAUGUAGCACCAGAUGUAGGGGGUUCACAUGGAGGUGCGUUCAGAGACAUAUUAAUUGAUGGUUUUGUUCCUCCUUUAACCAGCGUUGCUCCAAUGUUUCCCUUUUAUGAAAACACCUCCACGUGGGAUGACUUUGGUGAAGUAAUCAAUCCUGACGAUUAUGUAAUUAAGGAUGAAGACAUGGACCAAGCAGCGAUGCAUGCUGGUGGGGACGUGGAUGGAAAACUAGAUGAAACUGCUGCUAACUUGAUUCUGGAUAUGAAGCCUUCGAAAGUUGUAUCUAACGAAUUGACAGUCCAAGUUAAAUGCUCAUUGCAUUACAUGGAUUUUGAAGGCCGUUCAGAUGGGAGAUCAAUUAAAUCAAUACUCUCCCACGUUGCUCCCUUGAAGCUUGUUUUGGUGCAUGGAACCGCAGAGGCCACUGAGCAUCUUAAGCAACAUUGCCUUAAAAAUGUCUGUCCCCAUGUCUAUGCCCCCCAAAUUGAAGAAACGAUUGAUGUUACUUCUGAUUUGUGUGCAUAUAAGGUACAACUUUCAGAGAAGCUGAUGAGUAAUGUGCUGUUUAAGAAGCUAGGAGAUUAUGAAAUCGCUUGGCUUGAUGCUGAAGUAGGGAAGACCGAGAAUGAAACGUUAUCUUUGCUUCCCCUCUCAAAGGCUGCUUCGCCUCAUAAAUCUGUUCUUGUUGGUGAUUUAAAAAUGGCUGACUUCAAACAAUUUCUUGCCAGCAAGGGAAUACAGGUUGAAUUUGCUGGGGGUGCUUUGAGAUGUGGCGAGUAUGUCACCCUACGCAAGGUUACAGAUGCAAGUCAAAAGGGUGGUGGUUCUGGCACACAUCAAGUUGUCAUUGAAGGGCCCUUAUGUGAGGAUUAUUAUAAAAUUCGGGAACUUUUGUAUUCACAAUUUUAUUUGCUAUAGUUGAGAUGCCUCGUUGAACAUGGAAGAGAUCCAGCAAUUUUAAGUAUGAACUGCCUAGUAAAAAAUGUAUUAAUCUUUUCUUGUUUCUCAAUUGUGUUUUUUAGGUA